AUACCCAAAGAAGGCGAAGAGAGGGUUUUUGGAUUGCGAAGUAAACACAACACAAGACAAAGCGUUAGAGAGUGCGUUUGUUUUGUGAGUGAGAGUCACAGAUUAAUUGGGAUUUCAAAUAUUGGUUAAGAAAAAGAAAAAGGGACCGUUGGUCUCGCUCCCGCCAUGGCCACGGUGAUGGAUCAAGAAAACCAGAAUGAGAAGCAGAAGAACCACACCAAGACACUCUUCUGUGCUCUCAACCUUCUCUCACGUGACCUCCCUCUCCCUUCUCACCUCCUCAACUCCGUUUCUUCCAUCUACCACAACCAUGUACCUCUUCUCUCUCUCUUUCCGAUUCCAAUUUCUAUUACCUAUUUUCAUUUCACGUUUUGGAUUCAUAUAUCAUUUUUAUCUCAUGCACUCGCGAGCUAUGUCGCAAUUCAUUUACUCACUCGCUGUGUUAUUCUUUUCGCUUUCCUCUUUCGCGUUUUCGACUCCGGACGGUGUAGGAAAUUCUGAAGAUGGUUUAAUGGCAGAUCUUGAAGAUGCGCUGUUGAGUCAGCGCCCAAAUUGUGUGUCGGGUUUCAAAUUGGAAGGAGCAAGGAAAGAUCGUUAUCGGAGUCAGAUUCAGCAUCGUUUAAAUGAGCUGGAAGAAUUGCCUUCAAGCAGGGGAGAGGACCUGCAGACAAAGUGCUUGCUUGAACUUUUUGGACUAAAGGACUUCCUUUCCGGCAGCUAGCAGAGUUGCAGUCAAAGGUUAGGUCUGAUGUGAGUUCUGAAUACUGGCUCAAUGUUAAGUGUGCAUAUCCUGACAGGCAAUUGUUUGAUUGGAGCAUGAUGAGGUUGCGCCGUCCUCUGUACGGUGUUGGAGAUUCAUUUGCCAUGGAUGCUGAUGAUCAAUUAAGGAAGAAACGGGACGCUGAGAGAUUAUCAAGAAUAGAAGAAGUGGAGAAAAAUCAUAUAGAGACUAGAAAAAGAAAAUUUUUUGCAGAAAUACUCAAUACUGUUCGUGAGUUUCAAUUACAAAUUCAAGCUUCUUUGAAGAGGAGAAAACAAAGGAAUGAUGGUGUCCAGAGCUAGUGUGUUUGGCAUUGGAGACCAGUGGGCUAGUUCAUGUCUCGGUCAAAAACCAGGAACAAAUCAUAUCUGCCUGGGACAGACAACACUGUAUUGGUUUAGCUGGUGGCUAGUGGUGGACUAGCCACAAACAAUGGGAGAAACUACUGAACAAGGUUCCAAAAGAACGAUGUGGCAAUGGGUGUGACUGGAAAUAAUGUAAAAGCUCCAGGAUUUAGGAAGUUUGGCAGUGGAGUAAUGAUGGGAGAAACCAUGGAGGAUGGUACCCAUUUGAUACCAUGUAAAAGAAAGGCAUGGCAUGGAAGGCAACGACAACGGGCAACCCGGGCAGAGAAAUUGAGAUUCCAAGCCUUGAAGGCCGAUGAUCAAGAAGCUUACAUGAGAAUGGUGAAAGAGAGUAAGAAUGAAAGAUUAACUUUGCUUCUUGAGGAAACAAAUAAACUACUAGUAAAUUUGGGAGCUGCUGUUCAACGUCAAAAGGACUCCAAAAAUCCCGAUGGUAUUGAACCCUUGGAAGAUACCGAAGCUGAUUUACCUGAGUCAGAUGCUUCAAAGAAUGGAAUUUCUAAGGAAUCACCUCUUGAUGAAGAUAUAGAUAUGAUAGAUUCUGAUCAUAAUGGUGAUUCUAGUGAUUUACUUGAAGGUCAGCGGCAAUACAACUCUGCAAUACACUCAAUUCAAGAAAAGGUAACUGAGCAACCGUCUAUACUUCAAGGGGGUGAAUUAAGAACAUACCAGAUAGAGGGGCUCCAGUGGAUGCUUUCUUUGUUUAACAACAACUUAAAUGGAAUUUUGGCUGAUGAAAUGGGGCUUGGGAAGACAAUACAAACAAUAUCACUGAUAGCGUAUCUUAUUGAACACAAGGGUGUGACUGGUCCCCACUUGAUUGUUGCUCCAAAAGCUGUUCUGCCAAAUUGGAUCAACGAAUUCACAACAUGGGUUCCUAGCAUCACAGCUAUUCUUUAUGAUGGAAGGCUGGAUGAGAGGAAAGCAAUGAAGGAAGAAUUGUCAGGGGAGGGGAAAUUUAAUGUUCUGUUAACACACUAUGAUCUUAUAAUGAGAGAUAAAGCAUUUCUAAAGAAAAUUCCAUGGUACUACUUGAUUGUAGAUGAAGGGCAUCGGUUGAAGAAUCAUGAGUCUGCUCUAGCUAGAACCUUGGACAAUGGCUAUCACAUCAAACGAAGGCUUCUGUUGACCGGUACCCCAAUUCAGAACAGUUUGCAGGAGUUGUGGUCUCUGCUUAAUUUUCUCCUUCCAAACAUUUUCAACUCAGUUCAGAAUUUUGAGGACUGGUUUAAUGCUCCCUUUGCAGACCGAGUCGAUGUCUCUCUGACAGAUGAGGAACAGCUAUUGAUCAUUCGGCGUCUGCAUCAAGUAAUAAGGCCCUUCAUAUUAAGAAGGAAAAAGGAUGAGGUGGAAAAAUAUCUUCCUGGGAAAUCUCAGGUCAUACUCAAAUGUGAUAUGUCAGCCUGGCAGAAAGUGUAUUAUCAACAAGUUACUGAUGUAGGCAGAGUUGGCUUGGACAAUGGUUCUGGAAAAUCAAAAAGUUUACAGAACUUAACAAUGCAACUCAGGAAGUGUUGUAACCAUCCCUAUCUCUUUGUGGGAGAAUAUGAUAUGUAUAGACGUAAGGAGGAGAUUGUCAGAGCAUCAGGAAAGUUUGAACUUCUUGACCGUUUGCUCCCAAAACUUCGGAGAGCUGGUCACAGAGUCCUCCUUUUCUCACAAAUGACUCGACUCAUGGACAUUCUGGAAAUCUAUUUGCGACUUCAUGAUUUUAAGUAUCUUAGACUUGAUGGCUCAACAAAAACUGAGGAAAGAGGCUGUCUACUACGGAAAUUUAAUGCCCCUGACUCCCCAUACUUUAUGUUUCUUUUGAGCACCCGUGCUGGAGGUCUUGGUUUGAACUUACAAACUGCAGAUACUGUUAUAAUCUUUGACAGUGAUUGGAAUCCACAAAUGGAUCAACAAGCCGAGGACCGAGCACAUCGCAUUGGACAAAAAAAGGAAGUCAGGGUUUUUGUGUUGGUUAGUGUAGGAUCAAUUGAAGAGGUGAUUUUAGAGCGUGCGAAACAAAAGAUGGGCAUUGAUGCCAAAGUCAUCCAGGCAGGACUUUUCAACACAACAUCAACAGCCCAGGACAGGAGAGAAAUGUUGGAAGAGAUUAUGCGUAGAGGUACAAGCUCACUUGGGACUGAUGUGCCUAGUGAGAGAGAAAUUAACCGCCUUGCUGCUCGAUCAGAUGAGGAAUUUUGGCUGUUUGAGAAAAUGGAUGAAGAGAGAAGACAAAAGGAAAAUUAUAGAUCUCGACUUAUGGAAGAGCAUGAAUUGCCAGAUUGGGUGUAUUCUCCAAUUAAUAAGGAUGACAAAGUCAAAGAUUUCAACGGUAAUGUUACUGGAAAGCGGAAAAGAAAAGAAGUGGUAUAUGCUGAUACAUUAAGUGAUCGGCAAUGGAUGAAGGCUGUGGAGAAUGGGGAAGACAUAUCAAAGUUUUCAGUUAAAGGGAAAAGAAGAGACCACCUCUUAUCCGACAGCAUUGCACAAGCCAGUGAUAAUGCAGAGGCAGAAGAAAGUUUAGAGUUAAGGACUGAUAGUGUCCCCAUGGCAAAUGAGGGAACAUAUGAAGAAGAUAGUUUCCAUGUGACCCCUGCCUCAAAGAGAUUAAAGCCUGAAGGAACAAAUUUCUUGAGACAUACAUACAGGGAUGUUGGAAGUGGAUUGAACCAUGUGUUAUCAUGGAAUACUCACAAAAAGAAGAGAUCAAGCUAUCUUGGCCAGGGUUCAUUGUCUGAAACUAGAGGGCAGACUUCAAAUGGAAGAGCAAAUUGGAAUUGAUCCGAGUUUAAUUAGGCAUGGCCUCAUGGAUGCCAGAAUUUUGCACAACUAUUGAAUGUGAUUCGGCUUGAAGCUCUUAUAACAAGAAAUGAUAAGCAACUUUGAGCUAAGCUAGAGUUUGUUCAAGUAUGCAACGUCCAUAUUAACCUCAAAAUGUCAAUGAAAGAAAAUAUUUAAAGAUAAAUUAUACUCUUAUUCCUU